CAACAAUUCUAAGACGUUCAGAAGCACCAUACAAGUGCUACACAUUCAACGGCGCUAACAGGUGGGAUGAUGGAGAGGGACUGUACGAGUGUUACAUCAGACGGUGCUGGAAGGUUGGAUGAUGGAGAGCACUGUACAAGUGCCACACCCAGUAUCUCCUCUGAUUGAUUUUGGAGGGAAAUGCAGUUAGUCAGUUACGCCUCUGUAAUUGUGUGCAUAAAUAAGAUUCUCUCUCCUCAUUUCACCAAAAUUUUCACUUUGAAACUCUUGUCUGCAACUCUAGUUCGAUUUCGGAAACAAUCGGGAAAUUAGGGCAAAACCGGGGAUCGUCACUAUUUCUUCAACUCAAAAACUUCAGAUUUCCUUUGGUGUUGGUCCUGCUUGACCUGAUAAAUGGAGGAUAAAUAUCAGCUGAUUGAGAUGAUUGGAAAAGGCGGAUUUGGUGUGGUUUACAAGUGCCGUGAACGCGCGACCAAUAAAACUGUAGCUCUGAAGAGGAUUAUCUUUAAAGAUCAAGAUGAAGGUGUCCCCAGUUCAGUAAUAAGAGAAAUCUCACUUUUGCAGGAACUGAAUCAUGGCAAUAUAAUCAGGUUACUUGAGGUAAUAAACAAUGGGGCAGGCGUGGAUCUCAUUUUUGAGUGUCUGGACCUUGACCUGUCAAAGUUCAUUGCAUCUUAUCCUGAGAUUGCAAAGGACCGACAAAAAAUAAAGGGUUUUCUCUCUCAGAUUCUCCAUGGUGUUGCUUAUUGUCAUUCUUAUAAAAUACUCCAUCGGGAUUUGAAACCUGAGAAUUUGCUGAUAGAUGUCAACAAUAACGUAGUGAAGAUUGCUGACUUUGGAUUGGCCAGGGCAUUUGGUGUUCCUCUUAGGAACUACACUGACAAGGUUGCAACUUUAGCAUACAGGGCACCCGAACUUCUGCUUGGUGCCAAAUACUCCACUCCGGUUGAUAAGUGGUCUGUGGGGUGUAUAUUUGCUGAGAUGGUGACCCGUCGGCGUCGGCCUCUGUUCGAUGGAUACACUGAAUUUAAUGUACUGAUGGAAAUAUUCAGGAUGUUUGGUGUGCCAACUGAAGCAACCUGGCCUGGAGUGACUUCAUUAUGUGGCUACAUUACUAAAGCGAUCGCGUUCCCCACUGUUGUCACACGAGACCUUGCAGCCGAGGCCCCUAAAGUUGGAGCUGUCGGAUUGGAUCUUCUUUCUAAAAUGCUGAUCUUGGAUCCAAGUAGAAGGAUUACUGCUUCUGACGCACUUCAGCAUGCAUACUUCCGUAUUUGAGCUCUGAAUGGUUGGAUAGUUCGUUCAUCCGUGUACUCUCUGCAUCUACGGAACUUGAUUCUUCUUUUCCCCUCCACUAACAAAACUGUGUACAUAACUUGCACUCGUUACUACUGUUCUACUGAAACUGUUACGAUAACAAGGUCUUGAAUCUCACCAAAAACUAGGUGGAAUAUCAUUUCUCCUUGUUUGGUUGUGUGGAAAUAUUAUGACACCAGAGGUGGAGGGUAUUGUUUCUAA